CAAACCUCCAUCUAUUACAGGAUACGUGCCGCACUAUGGGUUACCCUGCUAACGAAACUGCUGAGAAAACGCGACAUUGCCACUGCUGAAGUUUCAAUUCAAUCCUUCAAUGGCUUGCAAGUGGUUGUUCUCGAAAACGAAAUAGUGUCUCUGAUCUGUCCAAAUUGCGACUUAGAUGAUACAGAUGUGAAGUUCAUUCAAUAUAAACACAAUGAAAGCAAAUCUAUAAUCGGACAAUGGUACGAACCGGGCGAAGAGUGCCUUCUUCGCUACAAAGUCUCAGUCAAUGAUAAUGGAACCUACACCUGCAUAAACGGAGGUGAAGGAAAAAUUUGGGAAGUUUCCCUCAUAGUUCUGCGGCAUGAAACAGAUGAGCCGACACUGAACUUGCGGAUAAGUUCACCGAAAGCAGUACCGCAAAAAGUCACGAUAGCAUGGUCAAUCGCGAAUGUAAAGUCUUUCCUACAAAGACAGUAUGUGUCUGUAGUUCUUCAAAAUGCUCGAAUGUGGUGUUGUUUCCGUUGC